CUACUUCAGCUCUGGGUCGAGACACAAAGGAGCUUUGUUGGCAUCCGGAAAAUAAUAUUAACUUGCAAUAUAAAUAUCAUCAUUAUCAUCCAACACUACUGUAAAUAGCCUACUUGUUAGAUUUUCACAGCCUCUGUGAGGCCUCAGUCGGUAAGGAGUCAGGAUGGGUAUUUGGGGUGCGAAGAUAAGGGGAGCUGUUCUCUGUCUCUGCUUCAGUUUGCUCUGUGGACUGACACCUUCUCACACUGCUGGUGCGAAGUGUGGGGCUCCCCGGGUGAGGAGCUUGCUAGACCGGUCAUUGAGGGUGGUAGGAGGAACUGAGGCCAGACACGGCUCGCACCCAUGGCUGGUCUCUCUGAGGUCCAGAGGGGCUCAUUUCUGCGGAGGGGCUAUCCUCAGUGACCGCUGGAUCCUGACAGCUGCCCACUGUGUGGCCAGCAUCUCUGAUGAGUUCCUGGGGGAAGUGAGCGUUGUCAUUGGAGAACAUGACCGCAGGGUUCCUGAUGCUGAGGAACAGGCCUUCACCGUGAGGAACAUCAGAGUCCACGACAAGUACCGCUACUACUGGCCAAUGAACUAUGACGUUGCCCUAUUAGAGCUCAACAAACUAAUCCAAUUGGGUAGUCGGGUCCAGCCCAUCUGCCUGCCUGUACCCAGUGAGGCCUUCCCCCCCAGGUCCAACUGUGUCAUCGCAGGAUGGGGUCGCAUCACAGAACGUGGCAGACUGCCUGCUGUUCUGAGGGAGGUGCAGCUGGAGCUGUUGGAGAAGGCCAGUUGUAGCUAUGUGCUCCAGACCCUCCGCCCCCCCAAGCCCAGCUACACCGUGCUCUGUGCUGGCUACGAGAGCGGGGGCAGGGACGCCUGCCAGGGGGAUUCAGGGAGUCCUCUGGUGUGUCCGUGGGGGGGUGGCCACUGGGUGCUGGCUGGAGUAACAUCCUGGGGUAAGGGCUGUGGAAGGAGCUGGAGCAACAACGAGGGAAGGAGCCCGUCCAGGAGAGGUUCCCCGGGGGUCUUCACCGACGUCAGCCUGCUCCUGCCCUGGAUCAAGACCACCAUCAGGGGCCUGGAAGCUCCCAUGAGGACACAUAGCCUGUGCAGUGUUAAAGAUGGGCACGUUUCUGGCCAUGAAGGACUGAUCAGAAACCCCUCCUUCCAAGGUCAUCACUAUGAAAACAAUGAGCUGUGCUCCUGGUCUGUCCUGGUCCCUCCAGCCCAGUGGAUCCUGCUGGAGUUCCUGGAGAUGGACCUGGAGAACGACUCUCUCUGCUACUCCGAUCAGCUGGUAGUCUCUCUAACCAAGGACAAGCCCGUGGGUGAGGCGAGGUUCUGUGGCAGUACCCUCCCUGGACCCGUGCUGCUCCACUCCCAUGGUGCAUCUGUGCUCUUCGCCUCUGAUGUAACAGUGACAGGAAGAGGAUUUGCCCUCAGGUUCAGUGCUGUGGACGGAGAUUCUCUGUCGGAGACAGUGUGUGGCACAGUGGUGCUCCAGCAGGCUCAGAAGGCAGUACACAGUCCCAACUACCCAGAAUCCUACAGCAACAACUCUGUUUGCCGCUGGGUCAUCUACGCUCCCGAGGGCCACGUCAUCAAGCUGGACUUUGAGGACUUUGACUUGGAGCAGUCCCAUCACUGCGAGUACGACCGCCUGACUGUGUUUGGAGAUGUGCACAACAGAGAGGAUAUAGCUGUGCUGUGUGGGCCAGGCAUCCCUCCCUCCAUCCUGACCUACGACAACGUGAUGGUGCUGCAGUUCAGCUCUGACGGCUCGGUCACGCGCAGGGGCUUCAACGCCACGCUCUCCUUCAUCAGCCACACCGACCUGCAGCAGCAGGAGUACAGCCACCUGGAGGGGAGGAUGGACGACCAGGAUGAAGAUGAAGAGCAUGAGGAGGAUGAUGUCAGUCUUCGUUAUGCUUUGCCUGGGUUCACACACACAUGUGGAAUGGCUCAUCCUCCUGUUGCUCUAGCUCUAGGGGCUUCUCCAGGGGAGGGGGGUCCUCUACGACAGUCUUUACCCUGGGACGUGCACCUUAGCCUGGGCACCGAGCACGUCUGCUCUGGGGCCAUCCUCCAGCCCUCCAGGGUCCUCACUGCAGCACACUGCCUCAUUGGCCUGGAGGAGAGAUCCCUGUGGUUGCUGUCUGUGGGGAAAGGAGAGCCUGGUCAACAGAGGCAUGCCGUGAGCAGGGUGCUCCUCCACCCCCACUACGACCCCGUCACCCAGGACAACGAUGUGGCUCUGUUGGAACUAGCCACGCCUCUUCUCCUCAAUGAGCACGCUCAGCCCGUCUGGCUUCCUGGCUCAGGACAGGAAGUCCCGCCCACUCAGGGGUGCACAGUGUCAGAGUGGGAGGAGCAUACAGGGGGGGUGUGGAACAGCACAGUAGGACAGCAGACGGUUUGUCUAGUUAGCCUCGCUGACUGUGAGAGCUGCUACCCGGGAAGACUCAGCCCAACAAUGCUGUGUGCCCGAUCUACGCACUACAACACCCAGCAGCCCUGCAGGGUGGGGUCUGGUGCUCCCCUGGUGUGUCAGAGGGAGGACUCCCACCCUGUGCUCCUGGGUCUGGGCAGCUGGGGGGAGGGCUGUGGAAGCCACCGGAAGCCUGGUGUGUUCUCCUCCAUGGCUGCCGUCAGGGGCUGGAUCCAGGACCAGCUGCAGGGUGCUCUCGGCCUAGCAGUCCCAGACGACCAGACUAGCAGUGACUCUCAACAGGAGCAACUCACCUCAGGACAAUGACUGCUCUGGAGAUUCCAGACCUCUAGCGGAGGACAGACUAAACUGACAAACACCAAUGCAGUGCACUGCAAAUGCUCUACUACUGCAAUUCAGAAUCCUGAAUACCACCAUCCAUUUGCACAUUUUCAUUUUUUUACUGUCUCUUACUGUAUACUUGUAUUAAUUCAGACUGUGGUGUCACCUUUCUGUGUCAACUGCUGUCUCUGGAGGAGGGGAUCCCUCACUGAAUCGCUCCUCCUAAGGUUUCUUCCAUUUUUUCAGUUUUCCUGGGAGUUUUUCCUUGUCUUCUUUGAGGGUUUAGGUUGGUUUAGGUUUAGGUCUGCAUAUGUGAAGCCCUCUGCAAUAUUGCCUGUACAAAGGGCUCUACAAAUACAAUUGGAUUUUAGAUGAUUUUUCUAGAAAUACCUGUUAGCAUUUUUUCUUUAUUAGCAUAAGUGUUGUAUUAGCAUGUGUUCAGUGGUAGCAUGUGCUUUGUGUUAGCAGCAUGUGCUUUUAGUUAGCAGCAUGUGUGUUGUAUUAACCUGUACUCGGUUAGCAUUUGUUCUGUGUUAGCUAUGUGUUAUCCUACAUUAUGUGUUAACUUGUGUUCUUUGUUAGCCUGUAUCUUGUAUUAAUUAACCUGUGCAAGAGUAAAGUAUACCUUGAUCUGCAGUUUUAUUGCAGAAAUCAAGCCCAGUUAAAGUGACAUGGUGUAAUACAUUGUUGGCAAUGUGUUUGUAUAGCUAAGGUUGAUAAAUUAUUUUUUGAUGUCUUAAAUGUUCUCAUUGUUGAAAGUAAC